GCGAAGAAGAAGCGAGUGAGCCCCGCCCAGCGGAGGAGGAGGAGGCCACGAAACCGUUUUCUCCAUCGCUACCUCCUCCGCAUCGUCGGAUCCGCUGCCCUGUGCCGCGAGCGGUGCGAUAGGAAACCCUAGCGCAUAAGCGAAAUCCUUCCCCCCUCUCUUUACCUCCUCGGCUCUUCGCGCCCUCCAUCGCUUCCCAAAACCCUCGCCCGAAAAAGGUUCGUGAAGCGAGCCCCAAACCGGAGGCGAAUCCACACGAAAAACAAAGAAAAAAAACACAAACAAAAUCAGUGCAGUCUGUUGAUCGGCGAGUAGCUUCGUCAUCGGCGGAGCUACAACGUGUCGCGCGGGAUUGUGCAUGCGGGGUUUGGUCGCACUUGCCGUGGUGAUUGUUGAGGCCCUGAUCUGCAUCGGUGGUAGCGGUCGUUUGGUCGGAUUAAAGAGGUGAAGCUGUGGAGCUUUCUGGAGCUAAGGAGGGAGCGGUGGAGCUUAAGGGGCUUCGCUUGGACCAAAGAUGUCGCUCUUGGCUCGUAGAUUUCAAGUAGUGAGAAGUGUUGCUUAUCACAUUCAACAACAUGAGCAGUCGUGCCAGUCGAACGAUUUAUGUUGGCAACCUUCCGGGUGAUGUAAGAGAGCGGGAGAUUGAGGAUCUUUUUUACAAGUAUGGACGAAUCGUGGAUAUCGACUUGAAGUUACCCCCUCGUCCACCAGGUUACUGUUUCAUUGAGUUUGAAGAUGCACGGGAUGCUGAAGAUGCGAUUCGUGGUCGGGAUGGGUACAAUUUUGACGGCAAUCGAUUGCGGGUGGAAAUUGCUCAUGGUGGACGAGGACCUCCGCCGGCAUCUGUGGAUCGCUAUAGCAUCUACAGCAGUGGUGGUGGAAGGGGAGGAGGUGGCAGUGCCUCGGAGAAUGGUGGUCGUGCAGGAGGAGUUUCUCGUCGAUCAGAAUACAGAGUUACGGUGACAGGGUUGCCCUCGUCUGCCUCCUGGCAAGAUUUGAAGGACCACAUGCGGAGGGCUGGCGAUGUUUGCUUUGCUCAAGUCUUUCGUGAUGGCUCAGCUGGAACGAUGGGCAUUGUGGAUUUUACCAACUAUGAUGAUAUGAAGUAUGCGAUUCGAAAGUUGGACGACUCAGAAUUUCGCAACCCAUUUUCUCGAUCUUUCAUACGGGUGAAAGAGGAGAAGGGUUAUGGAUCUUCUCGAAGGAGUGUCACUAAAAGCCGUUCACGAAGCCGCAGCUAUUCUCGCAGUAAGUCUCCACGUAGCCGCUCUCGUUCACCACGUUCUCGUUCACCCCGCUCUGCGACUCCUGCGUCCGCCCGAUCCCGAUCACGAUCACCAUCGCGAUCGCGCUCACGCUCACUGUCGCGUUCUCGAUCCCGUUCUCGGUCUCGCUCUGUUCGAUCGGCUUCUAAGUCAAGAUCACCCUCUCCAGGGCAGGGACCACCUUUGAAGAAAGAUAGUCGGAGCCCCAGUCCAAGCCGAUCCAAGUCUCCAGUGGCCGUGGACAACGAUAGGAGCCCCAGUGAUGUUGAGAAACGUGAUAGUCCAAGUCCCAAUGGAAGAACUCAGGGCCAACCUUCUGAACGCAGUAUUUCUCCCGUGUCUGAGAACGGCAGAGACUGACGUCUCAAGGUUAGCGAGUUUGGCAUAGAUGAGUGCUUUCUCCGCAUUGAUCAUUCGAUUUGCAGUUUUGUUUAAGCGUCCUCGUUUACAGUCACCCGAUGUAGUCUUUCUGAUCACAUUCGUUUACUUCCUCAGCUUUGAUCUAGAAUGGACAUUUGAUUUUCAUAUCAGGGUGGACUUUUCGUUCCUGCUUUAGUUGGGGUGUACUUUCAUUUGUAAUAGUUAUCUUAUGGAGGUUUUCACCUUCUGAAUAUGAGUCGAUUGUUAAUUAUGGUGCUUUUUUGUCUA